AGGCUUUUCUCUCUCUCUCUCUCUCUCUCUCUCUCUCUCUCUCUCUACCCCACUCGCUAUUUCCUCACCGCUUCGUCGGACGCCUCCUCGAAACCAAACCCUAACCCCCUUGAAUCUUAUCCCCACGCAAUCCCGAGCCUUCGAGGAGCUCUCGCCGUGGGGUGCCACUGAGCCCCUGCAUGGGUUUUCUAGGGUUUCGAUCGAAGCUGCUCCUCCGCUGACCCCAAUAACGCGGCGAGGAGGUGGCGGGAGAGGAGGCGGAACGCGAUCCCGAACCCUUUCCCUCCCUCUCUUGUUCGCGUUUGAUGCGAUUUGUGGUCAAUCGUUGCCUCUUGUUGAUUGGAUUGCCCCUUAAUUGUGUGCGGAGGUCUCGAUCUCGAGGAUUUUGCUCAUUUGCAUGCUAAUUCAGUUUGCUGAAGAGAUGGCGGAACUUUGGGAGGGAGCUUAUGAUUCUGGAAGUCAUUCAAAUGGAAUUUAUCAUCAAAAUUUACGCAUGGAGCCUAUGUACGAGGCAUUUCUUUGCCCACUUACAAAACAAAUUAUGCGCGAUCCUGUCACGCUAGAAAAUGGGCUAACAUUUGAGCGAGAAGCGAUUGAGAAGUGGUUUAAAGAAUGUAGGGAUAGUGGGAGGAAGCCAAUCUGUCCAUUGACGUUAAAGGAGCUGAAUAGCACUGAUCUAAACCCUAGUAUAGCUCUAAGGAACACUAUUGAAGAAUGGACCCAGAGAAAUGAGGCUGCUCAACUUGACGUAGCACGUGGAUCACUGACUCUCUCCAGCUCUGAGAAUGAUGUUCUACAGGCGUUGGAGUAUGUUAUAGAUAUAUGUCGAAAAAGCCGAUCCAACAAGCAUAUUGUGCGGAAUGCUGAACUGAUACCAUUGAUUGCUGAUGUGUCGAAGCAUAGCAGUAGGAAAGUUCGAUGUAAAGCCCUAGAAACUCUUCGUAUUGUAGCUGAAGAGGAUGAUGACAACAAGGAAGCCAUAGCUGCUGGGGAUACUAUUCGAACAAUUGUGAAGUUCUUACCCCAUGAGCAGUACCAGGAAAGAGAACAAGCUGUAUCUUUGUUGUAUGAGCUUUCAAAAUCUGAAUCUCUUUGCGAGAAGAUUGGUGGAGUCAGCGGAGCCAUUCUUAUUCUUGUUGGGAUGUCUAGUAGUAAAUCAGAAAACCUUUUAAUUGUUGAGAAAGCUGAAAAGACACUGGAGAAUCUAGAACGCUGUGAAAAGAAUGUUAGACAGAUGGCUGAAAAUGGUCGACUACAACCCCUUCUUAGAUUACUCCUUGAAGGUUCACACAAGACUCAGCUAUCCAUGGCAGCAUAUCUUGGGGAGCUCGUUUUGAGCAACGAUGUCAAGGUUUAUGUGGCCCGAUCAGCUGGAUCAACAUUGGUCGAUGUCAUGAAGAGUGGAAACAAGGAGGCCAGAGAAGAUGCUCUCAAGGCACUUAACCAAAUCUCUUCCUACGAAAUAAGCGCCAAGAUACUGAUCGAAGCCGGCAUCCUCCCACCACUUGUCAAGGAUCUCUUCACUGUCGGUCCCCACCAGCUUCCCAUGAGGCUAAAAGAAUUAGCUGCAACAGUUCUCGUCAAUAUUGUUUCAUCAGGUGCCAAUUUUGAGUCCAUCCCACUUGGUCCCAGCAACCAGACCUUGGUCUCGGAAGACAUUGUUCACAAUCUUCUACAUUUAAUAAGUAACACUGGUCCUGCAAUUGAGUGUAAGCUCCUUCAAGUCCUUGUUGGUCUCACAAGUUCUUCGACCAGUAUCAAAAACAUAGUUGCCGCUAUUAAGAGCUCCGGUGCUACCAUUAGUCUGAUUCAGUUUGUUGAAGCCCCACAAAGAGAAGUCCGCAUGGCUGCUAUAAAGCUCCUGCAUAAUAUUGCACCUUACAUGGGUCAGGAGUUAGCUGACGCUCUUCGUGUAACUGUUGGCCAGCUAAGUAGUUUAGUUCAAGUCAUUGCAGAAAACAAUGGUAUCUCCGAAGAGCAAGCAGCCGCUGCUGGGCUCUUAGCGGACCUUCCUGAGAGGGACUCAGGCCUCACUCACCGGCUUCUUGAAGAAAGGGCUUUUGAUAUAGUCAUUUCCAAGGUGGUUAGUAUUCGCCAAGGGGAGACUCGUGGCAGCCGUUUCGUCAACCCCUUUCUCGAAGGGCUUGUUCGCAUUCUUUCGAGGCUCACAUAUUUGUUGGAUGAGCCUGACAUUGUUUCGAUUGUUCGUGAACACAAUCUCACCGCACUUUUCACUGAUCUGCUUCAGAUGAGUGGGCUUGAUAAAGUCCAGAUGGUAUCUGCCAUGGCUUUGGAGAAUCUCUCCCAACAGUCGAAGCAUUUGACCAAAGUUCAAGUUCACCCACAGCCAAGUUUUUGCUUGUCCAUAUUUCCAUGCCUCAGCAAGCAGCCGGAUACAUCUGGCUUGUGCAGAGUGCACGGAGGGCUAUGCUCAGUGAAGGAGAGCUUCUGUCUCUUGGAAGGGAGAGCAGUGGAGAAGCUGGUAGCUUGCUUAGACCAUCAAAAUGAGAAGGUGGUCGAGGCUUCGCUAGCGGCACUGUGCACUCUGUUGGAUGAUGGGGUGAACAUUCAGGAAGGCGUGAUGGUGUUGUAUGAGGCUGAUGGGAUCAAGCCAAUUCUCGAUGUGUUGCUCGAGAGCCGAACCGAGAUAUUGAGGAGGCGAGCAGUGUGGGCGGUGGAAAGGAUAUUGAGGACGGAGGAGAUAGCGUAUGAUAUUUCUGGAGAUCAAAAUGUGGGGACGGCAUUAGUUGAAGCCUUUAGGCAUGGGGAUUACACGACAAGACAGACUGCCGAGCAAGCACUAAAGCAUAUAGACAAGUUGCCGAAUUUCUCCGGAAUUUUCACCAAGAAGGGGGGGUAAAUUUGUUGAAGGAAGCUAAGAAUUGUAUAGUAUGUAUCUAUUCUCUGCGGCCCAACAGAGGGGAAGGGAUCCAUUUGUCGAUGCUUGUACAGAAUGAGCUUUCCUGCGAAGGCAGAUGGCGGGCGAGAGGUGAACCAUGUGGAUCAUUCUGGAACAUUCUCUGAAUUGGACAAAGUGGAAUUGGAAAUUAGAGGCUUUUCUGUAUGUGGUCUGCUACUUUUCUUCCCACUAUAUUAUGGUUUUUGUUUCCUUUGAAAAUUUGUAGGAAUUGAGAUUGUUUAUAUGGUCAUGAAGUUGUAUUUUUAAAAUUGUGUUCACUUCAACUGUUUCCUUCAUGCUAUUAAUAAAAGGUGCGGCUGCGGUUUUGAUUUGUUGUUCAA